AUGCCUGGAACCCACUCAGUGGAUCUGUACAAGGAUGUGAUGCUGGAGAAUUACAGCAACCUGGUGUUCCUGGGCCUUGCUGUCUCUAAGCCAUACCUGGUGACAUUUCUGAAGCAAAGACAAGGACCUUGGGAUGUGAAGGAACAAGCACCAGCCCCUGUGCAUCCAGGAACAAUACACAGUGGUUGUAACAAUUAUAGCAAAGCUACUGAUUAUAACUCACUCCUUAUUCAACACCAGAAAAUUCAUACAGGGAAAAAACCCUACAAGUGUGAAGAAUGUGGUAAGGCCCUUAGUUCUUAUAAAACACUUUCUAUACACAAGAGACUUCACACUGGAGAAAAACCCUUCACCUGUAAAGAAUGUCACAAGGCCUUCAAAACUUGCUCAUCACUUUUUAUAUACCAGAAAAAUCAUACUGAUGAAAAAUCCUACAAGUGUGGAGAAUGUGGCAGAUUCUACUAUCCUUCAAUGCUGAAACAGCAUCAAAGGAUUCAUUCUAGAGAGAAAACCUACAAGUGUGAAGAAUGUGGAAAAACAUUUUCCUCUGCCUUAAUCCUUAACCAACAUAAAGGAAUUCAUUCUGGAGAAAAUCCCUAUAAGUGUAAAGACUGUGGAAAAAGAUUUUACUGUUCUCCUUUAGGAAACACACAAUAG